UACCAGGAGAAAUUGCUUCCAGUAUACAAUCACAUCUGCUUUUGGGGGAAGAUCUGCAGCCGCCCAGACAGCUAGACUUAAGUUUGAAAGCACCAUUUAGUUUUGACUGGCGAUGAUUUUACUUGAUCAAUCUUCAUUGCUGCCGGAGAUUUUUUUAAGCGUGAAUUAUUAAGACACUAAACUGCAUCUGAGCUCCGAUGGUGCCAAAAACGAGCUUUGAUGUUCUUUAGGUGUUGUUUUCUGAUGGCAAAAAGUGUUUAUAUUCCUCGAUUCAUCGCGACGGGAUGCUUCAGGAUCUGAGUGCAAGUGUCUUUUAUCCAGCUUGCUCACAGCACAGAAGUUUAGCUCAGGUCCCUGACAAUGAUGAACAGUUUGUGCCAGAUUUCCAGUCUGAAAAUUUGGCUUUUCAUGGCCUCUCUCUAAAAAUCAAGAAGGAACCGCAGAGUCCCUGUUCUGAGCUGAGCACUGCCUGCAGCCAUGAGCAACCUUUCAAGUUCAGCUAUGGGGAAAAGUGCCUGUAUAAUGUCAGUGCCUACGACCAGAAGCCACCUGCUGGAUUGAAACCCUCUAACCCGCCAACCCCAUCCAGCACACCAGUGUCCCCCUUGCACCAUGGGUCACCUAAUCCUGCAGCAACUCCCAAACCGGACAGAAGUUUUCCAGCUCAUCUGCCUGCCACCCAGCCCAUUCCAGAGAAUGCCUACCCAAUGGAUCCGAGAUUCCGGCGCCAGCUCUCCGAGCCGUGCCAUUCAUUCCCACCUCCUCAUGGACUGCCCAGGGAAGGUCGUCCGAUGUACCAGAGGCAGUUGUCUGAGCCCAACAUCCCCUUCCCCCCUCAGGGGUUCAAACAGGAAUACCAUGAUCCAGUCUAUGAACAUGCCACUAUGAUUAGUGGUCCAACAAACCAGAGUUUUCCACAGCCCAUGAUGAUUAAGCAAGAACCACGGGAUUAUGCAUAUGAUUCAGGUUGCAUGUAUGAAAAAGGUCCCAGACAUUUUUAUGAUGACACCUGUGUAGUUCCUGAAAAGUUUGACAGUGACAUCAAGCAGGAGCCAGGCAUAUAUCGGGAAGGACCCACUUACCAGCGCAGAGGCUCCCUCCAGCUUUGGCAGUUUCUAGUGGCUCUGCUGGAUGAUCCAGCAAACUCGCACUUUAUUGCAUGGACAGGUCGUGGCAUGGAAUUCAAACUCAUUGAGCCAGAGGAGGUGGCACGGCGUUGGGGAAUCCAGAAGAACCGUCCUGCUAUGAAUUAUGAUAAGCUGAGCCGUUCACUGCGCUACUACUAUGAGAAAGGCAUCAUGCAAAAAGUUGCUGGAGAAAGAUAUGUGUACAAAUUUGUCUGUGAUCCCGAAGCGCUUUUCUCCAUGGCUUUCCCAGACAACCAGAGGCCUGUGCUGAAAACUGACAUGGAGCGUCACAUCAAUGAAGAGGACACUGUCCCUCUUUCCCAUUUUGAUGAGAACAUGGCGUAUAUACAAGAUAGUGGCUGUUGCAAUCCCCAUGCAUACAAUGAAGCCUAUGUGUACUGAUGCAACCUUGUUGGGGCAGUCACUUCAUGUUUCUUUUUUCUCUGUUGUUUUCCUCUGUAGACCGUGACCCAGUCUGGAUUUACUUCAUCUCUUCAGCAUCUCUGACAUUAAGCAAUGGGUCCACAGUUUCUGUCGCAUUAACCCCAUGGUCCACUACCAGGGACAGUGCACUUUAUGAAAAGACUCAUUAGAGCUCUACUUGUUUUUUUUUCAGGGUGGGAUGGGGUGGGCAGUGGUUUUUGUUUUUGCCUAAAUGUUUUUUUUGGUGGAAAAGAGGGGGGAAUGGGAGGAUUGGGAAUUGCAGACAUUUAAGUGGUUUGAUUGAUGCUAUCUUAUGAAUUUUGGUUUCAUAUCUGAUAAAAACUUACCAAGUCAAACUUACAAGAAAUCUGCUGAUAUCAGUAAUAAAAGAAACUGCAUAUCUAAUAUUGCUGUGUUAACACAGCCGGCACUCUUUAAAAAUCUAUAUCUAAGUAGAUACAUAGUACUUUUUUGUCAGGGUACACAUUAAUAUACAGUCAAACAUUUUACUGCUGUGUCAUAUUUGUUAAAAUAUAUGAAUACUAGAAUAUGCUGAAGCUUCUACUGCAGUCUCCUUUUCUGUAAAUUCUUUUAAACGCAGGGUCUAUUAAAGCAAUUUGAAGCAUUGCUGUACAGGUAGCAUUUCAGGACAAAUAGUCAACUUAAAACAUUUACUGCUUACGAUGUAGCUUAUGCUGUAGUUAUACCAUGAGCAACUGUAUGCUUUAGAAAUUGGUAAAAGAUUACCCACCUACAACUUGCUAAAGGAAUUUUUUUCAAGCUUAAAGAUUUCUAUAUCAAUGGAAACGUUAUCUAAUGUGGCCUGACAGUGGCAACAUUUCAUUUGCACUCACUUCAGUUUUCAGAUCCAGGCAUUCAAGUACCAUAUAGUGAUGUCCACAUCAAUACAGAACAAGACAUUUUGAUAGUUCGUUAAGAAUUUUUAAAGUGGGUUACCAGGAUGUAUGAGCUUUGAAAUUACACUGAGCAGUAUUAGUAUUUGGUAUUUAGAUAUUCAUAUCUGCAGGCCAAAGAGUGGCUUCAGCAUUGAUAUUAAACUGGUUAACAUCUGCAUAAUGGAUUUGGAUGUGAAUGAAUUAAACUUUCCGACUCUAAUAUUGUUCAGCAUUAUUUCAAUGCUUUUGUUAGUAACCCUGUUAAGCACAAUAUUUCAUCAAAAAUGGAAGAUCUUUCAUCAAAUCAAGAUUAAAGCAAAUGGACGUGACUGGGUUUUAUUUGUUUUAUAUAUAUCUCCAAAACAUUUUGAGUGCCAUGCUUGAAAGUUAUAUUGGUACUGUGUUUAGAUAGCAGAAACUGAACAUGUGAAGGGUGAUCAGGUAUUUCAAAUUUGACAAAACAUGCACUCCAUGUCAUUUCUGCCAGGGUAACAUGAAAGCAAAGCUCUGUUUAAGUUUCUGUUUUAAUCAUUGAAUCUGUAAUGUUUGUUCGCUUUCUCCAAGCUUAAAUGUUUUUCUUCAGUCAGUAAUGUUUAUCAGUGCUGAGUAUGACUGUGAGAAGAAAGGUGCACAAUAGCAUAAUUGACUAUUCUGCACUGUUUCAAAAAAAACCUUGAGAAUGUGCAUCAUUUAGGAUUUUAUUGCAUUUCUUUUCUGUAUCAAAAGUAUUCAUUGGUAUCUAUAGAAGCUAAAGCUAGGAAAUUUGUGUACCUUUUAUUUCCAUUCUUAACAUUACUGUAAUUUGAAAAUGCACCCUGGGUUACUUUUGUAAAAUCUUUAACAAAAAUGCUUAAAAUCUACUUUCAUUCAAGUCACUCAGUUCAGGAUUUGAACAUUAUCAAGUCCUCAUAGUAUUUGAGGAUUAUUCUGGAGUAAGCAAUCACAAAAUACAGAGAAAACUUUAAAACUUCACCAUAGUGACAAAAUAAGUACACAUGGAGAUAAUAAAAAUGGAAAAUAUGGAUUAUGAAUAAUGUAAUUUUAAUGCUUCAGUUCUGUUCUUAUUCUGUUCACCAGGAGACAAUGAUUUUUCUGUUGUUUUGCUAAUGUUUUUUAAUCUCCAUUUCCAUACCAUUCUCCAGGCCUCAGAGCACACUUGAGAGUAUUAUCACUGGGACUUCAUAGUUCAGUUGUGCUUAGCCGUGAUUGCUGGGUUUUCCCUCUUGUGAAACCCUAAAACCCUUAUCACCUUCUAAUCCUGUGCACCAACGGAACUUAAUAUGUACUUUGAUUGCACAUUGGAAGGUUCUCAGCAUUUGGAAAAUAAAAAGAUGGUGGAGGUGGAAACUCUUCAUCUGUGCCCACAUUUGGAAGGCAGUCUGACAUGCUAACUCUGAACAGAUCCAUACAACUACACACAUUUUUGGAACGUUUUUGGAGUAGAAAGCACUCCUUGACUGCAAUAUUUUACUAAUCCGUUCAAAGGAAUAAUAGAGCCAUACUGCACAGAAAGGGUUAUUCGAAUUAGCUCUUUGAAAGAUUUAUUCAAUUAAUCCCACUCAUCUGUUCUUUACCCAUGGCCCUGCCUAUUUUUUUUCUUUUCUGUUAAAUAUCCAGUUGAAAAUUACAGUUAGGUAAUUUAGCUAGAAGAGGCGUCUAUGCACUUAAAUCUCACAUUAUGUAGUACCAUGCAGUGCUGAAGGUAGAUCCAAGUAUGUGAAGAGAAACACAUUUCCUUCUAGUUACCCACCUCUUCUCUACCAGGGAAGCUCCAUAAUCAAAAUGUCAAAUUGUAAUCUCAUUGAAGCAAUGAGCAGUUAUAAGUUAUUGCAAGAACCAACAAAUGCACCACAAAGUGAAAUGGCACUAAUUAGAUGUUGUAAUUGACAGACCACUUUGCAACCACUCUUCUUGUAUAUGGAAUAAAUAUAAAAGGAGCAAUCUUCAACCUUAUUCUAAGUUUCCACAUUGUAACUUCAGGACAUUGAUGUAACGGCAAAUCUGUUGUUUUGAUCUUUCCAAUUCAUUUGUUGAAUUGUGCUCCUAGUAAUUCUCAUCAAGUGCAAUCAUGCCUGGUUCACGGGGAACAAGUACUGAGAGAGUUCAGAUUCAGACAGUAUAACCCUAAUUGUACCCUUAUUUUUCAUUGGUAUUUACAGACUCCUUCUUCACUUUUGCUCCAGCAAGGUAAUGGUAGUGUUUGCCGGCAACAUGGAUUCCAGUUUAGAGCCAUGAUUUAAUGUAUUGUGCAAUCAUGUAACAUUUUCUAGCUCCAAGUAGCAGUCAUAUCUCUGAGUAUAGAAUUAAGUAUUGGGAUUGGAGUCAAGGAGCUUAUUUUGCAUGCAGUGAAUGCAGUGGCUUCUCUGAAAAUGUUUGAUGCUCUCAGAGGAUGCCUGGCAUUGCUCACAUUAUCAGAUGGAAAAAAAAGAAUAGUGAAAAGAAUUACAGAUUUCCCACCGUUAUUUUGUGCAUUAAGGAAAGAACAUGGCAGGUGUGAACCCACCAGGUUUGAUCCUCCUCUGCUGGGUUUUCAGUUGUUUAUUCUCAGUGUUGUUGCACCAAUUUUGCUUGCCACAAGCUUUUUGACUUGGCCAUUGCAUGUGCACCAGUUGAAGACAAGGAUAACCUUGUUGUGAUGACUUCCCAAGUCAAAAAGAUUGUGGGCAUGCAAAAUUAAUGUAAUCCAGUUACUUGCAACAGAAAGCUCCCAAGAUCAAUGCAACACGCUUCUUGGGUCUUACCAAGGUAGUUCACAUAUUACAUCUUUAAUUUACUUAAUUAAAGGGCCUGUUAAAAUGAUUCACUUAACAAACUACCAAACAAAUCACAACCUGCACAUGUGUGGAGAUUCAGUUCACAAUCCCACUUUUGAAUUAAUAUGUUUGAUUUCCAAAAAACAACUGCAGCAAGUAUCCAUGUCUAAACUGUCCUAUCUAAACUUACGAGAAGAAUGGCCACUAAUUUGAGGUACACCCUUUCCCCAUUACAUUUCUAAUAUUUCAAUGCUAUGUGAAAUAUUGUGAAAUAUUGUAAAAUGCAAGCAGUCCCAAAGUUUCCCAAACUUACUGAAAAUUCCUGAAACCAAUAAUGCACAUUCCAAAAGCAGCUUGACGGCAAAAGUUUAAUAAGAUUUUUGUGUAAUUAAUCCUUUUUUUAUGUUAAGCAUAUUUAUUGUAAUAUUUUAGGACAUUAGCACAGAAAUGACUUAAAGAUCUUAGUGCAUUACCCUUGAAGCUUCUCCAUGUGUUACACAACAUCUUGAAUCUCUGCAUCUCCAGCUUUGUGCCAGGUGAACCAGGUAUUGUGUUGAGGAGCCCUGGAGACAAAAGCAAACACUGCAUCUGCCUGAAGAUGGCUAUCUGGAAAUCUAAUGUAGCAAAAAAAAAGACAAUGUUGAGGGACAUCUGUAAAUGAUGGACAGUAUUUUUUCUGCUGUUUCUGAAAAAUUUUCUAAAUUUUUGUAAUUUUGUAUUUAUCAUGUAUGUUUGGUUUUAUAUGGCCACAAAGUAGCAUUCGAAUUAAUGUAAAUCACAAUGUCGUUUGAUUUUCAUCAGCUAAGGCUUUGAGUAGUUUGAAGGUUCAUGGACUUCUUGUAUUGCUUUUUUUGGGUUUUUUUUGCUUUUUGAAGAAAAAAUGUAAUAGCUUAAUAAACUCUGUUCAAUUCCUAAUGAACGGUGAAAUAUGUAAUUCAAAAAAAUAUUCUGGCAGUGUAUCCAUAUUUAUAUUUGGUUUAAUUUUCAUCCAUUAAUUUUAGUGUUGAAUACAGUUUUCCUUGGAUCUUUCUGCAGUGCCA